GUCAAAUAACGAGUGUUUGAUUGCAAGAACUGUCAACAAGUGUUGCAAUCAGUGGUCACUUGCAGUGAAUGACCAGAAAUGCAGGCAAACAGUCACUCAAACCAUACAAACCCCACAAACCCUACAAAUACUCAUAAAUCAAAAACUGUGGUCUAUUUGCUGAUUGUCCUCAUUGUGACGAUUAUCCUGUUUUAUGUGACCAAAAGUGAUGACGUGAUCACAUUCUUCCUCAUUUUGGCCACUCUUAUGAUUAUGACAUUUAGUGUCAUGUUUUGUGUCAAAUGCUGUUGUCGUCGACGACUCUCGAGGGGA